AUGUCCGCCACUGCACCAUCUAUGACUCAUCUCCGUCGUAUUUUGGUCAGCGGUAAGGUGCAGGGCGUGUUCUACCGUAAGCACGCUCAGAAAGCGGCGGCGAAGCUGGGCAUCACGGGUUGGGUUCGCAACCUGCCGGAUGGCCGUGUGGAGAUCCUCGCGGAGGGCACUAGAGCGCAACUAGACGAGCUUGAGAGGUGGUGCUAUGAGGGCUCGCCCAGGUCAAGGGUCUCCGAGGUCGCGUCGUUACCAGUGGGAGCGGACGGCGAUGUCGGAAGGGACGUAUCCUGUAAAUCGCGUGCGGAAAGCGGCGACAGCAGCGUGUUGAAGAGGUCUAGCGACGGAGGAAUCGCACCGAGCCGGCACUUUAUGGACUUUAAAAUAGCUAAAUAA